AUGAUCACGAAACGACAAAAUUGUAGUCGAAGUAGUUUUACCGACGAUGAAUUAGAUUAUAAUGAAAAUUCACCAAUUAUUAAAAAAAUAUUAUCAUCGAGAAAAAAAUCUUAUAAAAAAUGGACUAAAGAUGAGGAUGAUCGUUUGCGAGAUUUUAUUUUAUCUCAUGAUAGUUUAAAAGAUUGGUCUAGUAUAUCAAAAUAUGUUGGUAAUGGUCGUACAGAUGCUCAAUGUCAACAUCGUUGGGAACGUUUUCUUGAUCCAUCUAUAACAAAAGGACCAUGGACUGAUGAUGAAGAUAAAAAAGUUAUCGAACUUGUACGUGAUUAUGGUGCAAGACAUUGGAGUUUAAUUGCUAAAGAAUUAAAAGGACGUGUUGGAAAACAAUGUCGUGAAAGAUGGCAUAAUCAUCUUAAUCCAUUAAUAAAUAAAAAUCCAUGGACAAGUGAAGAAAAUCUUCGUUUAUUUAUAUUACAUCAACAUUUUGGUAAUAAAUGGGCUGAAAUCGCAAAAUAUUUUAAUGGACGAUCAGAUAAUUCAAUUAAAAAUCAUUGGAAUUCUUCAAUGAAAAAAAAGUUUCAUUUAGAAGUUGAAAAUUUAAAAAAACGAGGACUUGAUUGGACAGCAUUAAUUCCAUCUGAUUUUUCAUGGCCAAAACUUGAUCAAUCAACUUCAAUAAAUAGUAAUCGUUCGUCUCGAAUUCCAUUAAGUACAUUAACAAAUCAAACAUCACAAAUACAUUCUUCAAAUAUGAAAAAAACUUCAAUAGAAAAUAUAUUACUUCCUUUAUCAAUUAUCAAAACCGAAAGUCAUAUACCAAUUGUGAACAGUAAUAAUAAUCAUCAGUUUUAUUCAACUACUAAUCAAAAUAAUUUUGAUAUUACAUUAACACAACAUGUAUCAACAAUCUAUCCUGAUCAAUUACAGGUGAAUUUAGGUUUUUGA